AUGAGUUGCACAACUACCUUGGCGCCGACAAGCUCCAAGAGUACCCUCCAGGUCAGGAUACCAUGGCUCCCUUGUGAGAUAUGGGUUCUAGUGAUGGGCCACCUGGUCAACAACAAAGACUUCCCCGAUGCUUGGUUUGCUUGUCGAAGGGCAUCGCGUACUCUAAAGAGGGCAAUUGAACUCGCCUUUCUGGGCGAAGCCCUGCCCGAGAUCGAAAUCAACCUCUCUCUCAUCGGAAGCUUUGGUCGGAACUAUGCUGAGGUGGCACGACUUGAGUUCAAGUGCUUCUCGGAGGACGGCAACCGUGUUCAUUAUGGAGAACCCGGUGCAGCAAAGACUGCCCUGCCACGCAGUCCACCAUCAUCAAUCGACCAUGAGCCAUUGGCCGAAACAGAAAACACUAGUAGUGACUUUGGGAAUCCGCCAAUGUUGAUCGAAUGGGCCUCAAAGAUAUAUAUCUCGGUCUGUCGUGGGCCGACAAGUUAUUACAGCUGGUCGGAUGGGUAUCGGGACCAGCUACGACACGUUUGGCUGAAACCAGGAUCGGACAAGACAAUGAGGGUGGUUGUGGAUCACAAGAGACGAGAGGUGUCAUUUUGCUGGAAACCGAUGCUCACCGCGUUCUUCAGCAGGCUAAGCCAGCCUAAACAGGUGUCUAGGGAGGUACACUGGCUCAAGAUGAAUAGAGCUGCCGGCACAAGCACAGGUGGGAGUUCCUCUCGGGCUGAAGAAACCGAUAACUUCAGGCGACUGAGUAUCCAAGAGCCCGUCGGAGAAUAG